UUAGUUGCCAUUCCCAGUGAGAAGCGGGUAGAGGCGGCGGCGACGGCGUUUGCGGUGGCGCGGGCUCCGCGGAGCGCAAGGCACCUUGAGGCCCUUUUCCCCUACCCCCGUCCCUAGAAGCAGGAACCGCGGCCCUCCCUGCAGCUGCCGAGUUCUCCCGCGCGUGCAGUCCCCAAGGGCUGAGGAGAAGGCUGCGAGCGGCCCCGGGGCUGCGUGAUCCGGGCGGGUGCCCUGUCAGCGCGAUGCCCGGGGAGGUGGCGGCGUCUCCGGGCUCCUCGCGGCCCCGGCCGUGACCGCCACGCCGAUCCCAGCUAGGCGGUUGGGGCCGUUGGACGUUUGUUUUCGCAGCCUUCCCCUCCCCCCUCGCUGAGGCGGCGGGGGUGCGCGUUGGGAAGGGGGAGCCCAGAGACUCCUCCCCCUCCUCAUACCCCCGCCCCUCCCCCUUACACACUCGCACGCACUAUCGCGCCGGCUCCCACACGCUCCCGCGCCUCCGUGUCGGCCGGCGUCGUCCAGGGCCCGCGGAGCCACCAUGUCCACUGCCUCCUCCUCCUCCUCCUCUAGUUCCUCUCAGACCCCUCAUCCCCCGCCGCAGAGGAUGCGGCGCAGCGCCGCGGGCUCCCCGCCGGCCGCCGCCGCCGGGAGCGGGAAUGGUGCGGGCGGUGGCGUGGGCUGCGCCCCGGCUGCAGGAGCCGGUCGGUUGCUGCAGCCCAUCCGCGCCACGGUGCCCUACCAGCUCCUGCGGGGCAGCCAGCACAGUCCCACUCGCCCGCCCGCCGCCGCCGCCUCGCUGGGCAGCCUCCCGGGGCCCGGCGCGGCCCGCGGCCCCAGCCCGCCCAGCCCGACGCCGCCGCCGGCCACAGCCCCUGCCGAGCAGGCGCCGCGGGCCAAGGGCCGCCCGAGACGGUCCCCUGAGAGCCACCGGAGGAGCAGCUCACCUGAGAGACGGAGCCCCGGCUCGCCGGUGUGCAGAGUGGACAGACCAAAAUCUCAACAAGUUCGAACCUCUAGUACAAUAAGGCGAACCUCUUCUUUGGAUACGAUAACAGGACCUUACCUCACAGGACAGUGGCCACGGGAUCCUCAUGUUCACUACCCUUCGUGUAUGAAAGAUAAAGCUACUCAGACACCUAGCUGUUGGGCAGAAGAAGGAGCAGAAAAGAGAUCACAUCAGCGUUCUGCAUCAUGGGGGAGUGCUGAUCAACUAAAAGAGCAGAUUGCCAAACUGAGGCAACAGCUUCAACGUAGUAAACAAAGUAGUCGUCACAGUAAGGAAAAGGAUCGGCAAUCUCCUCUCCAUGGCACCCAUAUAACAAUCAGUCACACUCAGGCUCCUGGAUCAAGGUCAGUUCCUAUGCCACUGUCAAAUGUAUCGGUGCCAAAAUCGUCUGUUUCACGUGUGCCCUGCAAUGUAGAAGGAAUAAGUCCUGAAUUGGAAAAAGUAUUUAUUAAGGAAAACAAUGGGAAAGAGGAAGUGUCCAAGCCUUUGGACAUACCAGAUGGUCGAAGAGCUCCACUCCCGGCUCACUAUCGGAGCAGUAGUACUCGCAGCAUAGAUACUCAGACACCUUCUGUGCAGGAGCGCAGCAGUAGUUGCAGCAGUCAUUCACCCUGUGUGUCCCCUUUUUGUCCUCCGGAAUCCCAGGAUGGUAGCCCUUGUUCAACAGAAGAUUUGCUCUAUGAUCGCGAUAAAGACAGUGGGAGUAGCUCACCGUUACCCAAGUAUGCUUCAUCUCCCAAACCAAACAACAGCUACAUGUUCAAACGGGAGCCCCCAGAGGGAUGUGAGCGAGUGAAAGUCUUUGAGGAAAUGGCGUCUCGUCAGCCUCUCUCGGCCCCUCUCUUUUCAUGUCCUGACAAAAACAAGGUUAAUUUCAUCCCAACUGGAUCAGCUUUCUGUCCUGUGAAACUUCUAGGCCCUCUCUUACCUGCUUCCGACCUGAUGCUCAAGAACUCUCCUAACUCUGGCCAGAGCUCAACUCUGGCAACUCUGACCGUUGAGCAGCUCUCUUCCCGGGUUUCCUUCACGUCUCUUUCCGAUGACACCAGCACAGCAGGCUCCCUAGACACCUCUGUCCAGCAGGCAUCCCAGCAGCAGCAGCUCCUGCAGGAACUGCAGGGUGAGGAACACAUCUCUGCUCAGAACUAUGUGAUGAUCUAAGCAGAGGGGGAGCUGGCCUCCACCCCAUGUUCCAUGGACUGGGAAAAGGUCUCAGACUUUUAUCUGCAUGGAGUGACAAACUUUCUGAACACCACCACCAACAACAAAAUACUUAUCAGCAUCAUAAAGUAUCUCUUAACACUGAUCUUGGCAGGGACGGAACUCCUAUUCAGCAGUUUUUGUGGAAAGCAGUAAUGCUUGCAAAAUGUGUAUGUCAUUCAGCGUGUAAGUGGAGACUAUGCAUUUCAUAGUAUGUUUGACAGAUUAGUACUGUGUCCUGUGUGUUGUUCCAGAUUCUUCAGUAUAAAUAAGCUCUAUAUCAAAAAGUUGCCUGUCUAAAUAGAAAAUGUCUUGCUGUGUUUUGUCCUAUGGAAAAUACUGUACUUCAGGAUUAUGUUUACAAUCGAUCCAGGUGUUUGUUUCUAAUUUCUGUAAUACAUACAAUGCAAAAAAAAAAAAAAAAAAAAUGGCCACAACAGUUGCACAGUGCCCACCCUAUGGCCUAGCUUCAGGUACUUCAGUUGAAGUCUAAACUCAGGUAACUUGGAAUGUAUAUCAUAUUGGGAUAUUAAAUAUUUCACAGCUAAAAAGCUAAAGAGGGAACAUCACUCUUGCCUUUCCUUAUUUUAUGCAUUUCCCUUUCCUCAUUACAUUCCACAUUCUUAGAAUAAGAAGUGCAUUCAACCCUAGGAGAAUGAUGAUCCUAGACAUGGGUGAACAUGAGGAGAACCAGCAAAUCUGUGGUGUGACAUCACUUUUGUCAUGUGGUAACAAGUUAAACAACUGUUGCAUUCACUGUUCCAAUGUGUAAAUGUGGCUGUUUUAAUUAAAAGUUUGGGUGUUGCUCAGUUAGUGACUGUUACAAUGUUGCAGAUAAAGUAUUCAGUACUAGAUUGUACAUAAACAUUCCACAUUAUGUGUGAUGAAAUUUAAAGACAAGAAGGUCUAGGUUUAAUUUCAAAACAGGGUUCUGAAGUUUCACAGGGGAUGAUUGAGGUUUUUUAUGUUGGCCAUCAGGGUCAUAAUUGCUACCAUUUUUAUCUGAAAGCAUAUUUAUGCUUAGUUUCUCUUUUGGAAAUUGUUUAAUUUCCAGGUUAGAAAGUGACACAGUUUUGUUUAUUAGUUUCUUCAAGCAGUUGAGGUGCAUGAAGUUGCAUUCAUGCAGAAAAUACUUGGGUCUCAGAAUUGGUGCCACCUAAGUAAGCAGGUUAUUUGGUGACUUACAAAAGCAAUAUUUCAAAGCUAAUUUAAGCCUUGCAUAAUACUAUCAUGAAUAGUUUUGUUAAUAUUUUGGAUAUGUGAAGUAGAGAAUAUAUCCAAGUAAGUAGCCUUGAACUUGAAGACUUGAAAUAAGUUUUCUGUAAAGUGUGAAGAGAGCCCUAGAUAUUCCUGGUCAGUCAGUGGGAGAACCUGACUUUCAGACAGUUUUCUGCAGCACAACGAAAGUAUCCAAAAGUCAAAGGAAGCUUUGUGUUUUUAUUCCAUUGAUUUCAGUUAUGAAAACCUAGAGUUGUCUUAUCUGCACCCAAAGUGUGUGGCACAAUAUUUUCUUAAGAAGAAAGGGGGAACAAGGUGCCUAUAUUUAAAGGAAUAUUUCAGUUUUCUUCAGUCAUUCCUCGGUUUUUCUUUAUUUGCUAAGAAGGUUGAAGAAGGAUGAGAUGAUAGAAAAGAAAGCAACACCAUUAUUUUUUUUUUCAAAGAAAUUAUAUGUAUAUGUAAAUGUUUGUGUGUAUGUGUGGUCCAUGUGUUAUUUUGUCAUGAUCCCAAUUCUCUUCUUUCCACCAAAGUUUGCAGUAAUAUUCUCUCCUGAAGGUGCAUUUUGGCUCCUUUAAAUUAGUCAGUGUUAUAUUGUAGGAGACUGUCAUGGAGAAAAAGACUCAGUUUACUUUUGCCAUUUUUCACAGGGGAACCUUUUAAAACAAUCUUUUCAGCAGCAGACACCUUUAACCCUAAUAAUCUCAGGCCUUGAUGAAAAUACUAUAUUUUGUAGAUUAUGGUUAAAGGGAGAAUUGCUAGUUCCGUAAGAUAAAUAUGAGCUCCAUUUAACUUCUGAUAUCUGGUUUAGCAUUACAUGAUGUGUUGAUCUUAUGCUCUGCUUUGUCCAAAUAAGAUGCAAUAGUAUCUAUCAAUUUCAGAAAGAUGGACUGAAUAUGCUUUUUUCGUGAUGAAAUCUGAUGUACGAUAUUUAUAGUGAUGUGCUUUUAUUUUCUCAUGAGAAACUAAAUAUUGUGUUGUACAUUUGUUCUUAGCAUAUAUUAAAGUUUUGAACCAAAUGUGUUAAAGCUUGUGCUUUGCCAUGUAAAUUUUCCAGAAGUUGUUGAGCUCAAAUGUAUCCUACAUCCAGCUGUAGAAAAUUGUCAGAAAUUGUUUAAAUUUUGUAUAUAGUUGUACUGUUUAAUUUUAGCCACUGCGCUGAACAGUAUUCGAGUUAUCAUACAAUAUGGCUUUACACAAGGAAAUGUGUGGCUUCUGUUUUGUAUUUUUUCAGUAUAGAAGUUCCUGUGUCUUAUUUAAAUAAAGUUAUUAGUAAAACUGG